ACGGUGCCGAUCGGCGCGGAGACGGUGCCGGUCCCGUGGCAAACGGUAACGCCAUCGCGAACGUGGCGACCGAGUACGCGUCACUCCAACUCGUGCUGAUCGAACUCCAGUGUUGCUGACCGGACGCGAGCGCGUUCGAUAGCCAGUCGACGCGGGUGGUCGUCGCUUAUCGCGAGUGGAACGCCGGCGGAUCGAGUUUGCCCAAGAGCCACGCGCUUCAACGAAACAACGAUAUCGAUGUGGAUGUCGAACAUGGUGCAAAAGUCGGACAGCGGAAACGACGCCGUCGGCGAAGCCGGUCUCCGCGCGCACGCGAGCUCGAUUAACGACGAGUCGUUCGCCACGACCUUGACGCAUUAGUGGAAUCGCCAUUGCGAAUGUGCGUCGGGCGCGAUCGAAAUGUCGUUUUUUGGACGGAAAAUGGGCGGCGGCGGCGGCGGCGGCGGCGGGGGCGGCGGGGGUUCCGAGCACACCGGUCAUAACUUGCAGGACGGCCUAUUUCAAAUUGCAUCUCAGGCCUGUCACAUCCUCGUGCAAGUGAAUAAUACGCACAACGUUUCUUACGGAGGUAGCAAUAAUGUGAAUAACAUCGCAUAUUCGAAGUAUUCCACGGCCGGCGGCACCGCCGCACCGACAACGUCGUCGUCGGCGAAAGGGGCGACCGCAGCCAAAGCGUAUCCCAAGUACGCCGAGCCUCGGGACAAGGACCAGGAUGUGGUGGUGUUGUUGCCGCAUCGCAAGAACAGGGCACCGCGACUCAAGCACAAACUCUCGACCGUAUCCGAAAACGCACGGCUUGAUGUCAACUCACCAGGAGGUGACGACGAUCUGGAGUUAUGGGAUCAGACCGGCUUUAUGUUGAGAACCGACGUGGACGAUCCUCUCGCGAAUGCGAAGUGGGGCGCGCAGAGUUGGUGCAGGCCCAGUUGCAUACCGAUAACGAUCAUACUGAUUCUGAUCGUUCUGGUCGUGCUUUUGCCGCUGUUAGACCACGCGGCGGACAAGUACCCGCUAAAUGCCACCGCGUUGGACUUGGAAUCGACGUGCAUGGAUCAUUGCAGUAUAUCCCUAGUGGAAACUAUACCCGUGGGCUUGAAUUAUAGCAAUAAUACAGCGGAGCAUGAAAGCACCUACGAUUCUUGGAUGGAUCUCAUCGGAAUGGCGCAGAAUACCAUCGAAAUCGCGUCCCUUUAUUGGACAAUGAAAAGGGAUGACGCCUAUCCUGACAAUGGGAGCGCUAAGAUGGGAGAACAGGUGUUCCAGUCGCUGUUAGAAGCCGGAAGAGACAGACAGAUCGAAUUAAAAAUUGCACAGAAUCUUCCUUCCCGCUUGUCUCCGAACGUCGAUACGCAAAUUUUAGCCAAAAAGGCUAACGCACAGGUGAGAAAUUUAAAUUUUGCUGGAUUGUUGGGCGGUGGUGUACUUCACACGAAGCUCUGGCUCAUCGAUCGUACUCAUAUUUACGUCGGUUCGGCGAAUAUGGAUUGGAGAUCGCUUGCACAAGUUAAGGAACUCGGUUUGAUAGCCUUGAACUGUUCCUGCUUAGCAAAGGAUUAUGCCAAAAUAUUUGAUGUAUACUGGCAGUUAGGCGAAGACGGUAAAGUGCCUUCCACGUGGCCAGAUUCUCUUAGCACAAAGAUAAAUAUACAUAAUCCUAUGAAUUUUACAUACAUGGAUAAUAAGUACAAAUUAUUUAUCGCGAGUUCACCUCCGCCAUUUUCGCCGAAAGGUAGAAGCAGCGAUCUAGACGCGAUUGUGCACUGCAUCGCUAAAGCGGAAAAGUUCAUCUAUAUCUCUGUGAUGGAUUAUUUCCCGUUAACAAUAUAUACUCCACAAAUAAAGUAUUGGCCUAUAAUAGAUAACGCUCUAAGGGCGGCGGCAAUCGAGCGUAAAGUAGAAGUGCGUCUUUUGAUCUCUUGGUGGAAACACUCUAGAUCAUCCGAAUCAUAUUUUCUUAAAUCACUGCAAGACCUGACGUUCAGUUAUCCCAAUGUGAAAAUUGAAGUGAAACGGUUUAUCGUACCCACUAACUCGUACUUGGACAAAAUACCGUUCGCGAGAGUAAACCACAAUAAAUACAUGGUCACCGAUGUAGCAGCCUACAUUGGAACGAGCAAUUGGUCGGGUGAUUAUUUUAUUAACACUGCUGGUAUCGGCACCGUGUUUGAAACCGUUGGACAUCAGAAUAAUGACAACAUAAGACAACAGCUGGAAAAUAUCUUCCACCGUGAUUGGUAUUCCAACUAUUCUUUUCCUCUAAACAUAAGCGAGAGUCAUUCUGAAAAUUUAUGGAACCUGUCAAGAAAUUCAUUUCAACAUUCAUCAGAUGAACCUUAUAUACAUAUAUAAUUAUGGUAAUUAUACAAAAAAGUUAUUUUUAAUCAUGAAACAUUUAUCGUAUUGAUCGAGAAGAGUUUGCCCUUUAAACAGAACUAAACUAAAAUUAUAUUAUUUCUCUUUAUUAUAUUCUAACCGUAUGCUCUUUUCACUUUUGAAUAUUUUUGUAAAUAUUUUACAAAAGUUUCAUAAAUCUGCUCAAAUGAUCAUUGUAACAUUGGAAUUUAUCGUUCCAUAGAUAUGCAUAUGUUGCUGUUUACUUGUCAGGACUCAUAUGUAUAUCGUAUACGUUAUUUAGCGAUUUUAAGAAAUUAAGCUACGAUAUUUUAGAGCGCUAAUUGUAAGUUUGCUAUACCUAGUAGCAUAUAAAUUAAUAUUUUGUCUUUUAUAUGAAUAUUUUUAAUAAGUAUCAUGUUAUUGAAUCGUGAACUAAUUUAGAAUUAAGAAUUCAGUACUCAAAAGCAAUGGAAUUUGAUCAGGUUUAUACAUUUUUUAUUUAAUAUUUUACGUAAUACUUUUACAUAUUUCCUAGUAAUUAAGGAAUAUUUUCAAAUUUUUUCCUCAAAAUUUAUCUUUUUACUUGUUUAAACAACAUUAAAAAUCACCGGCGAUACCAGUUCUUCCUUUCUACUGAUCUCUCUUUAUCUCACUAUCUUUAUUAUUCGUAUCGUGCUAUGUUCGUGUAAAUAUCAGAUGUUGUUUAACGAAAAAAAGCACAUUUAGUGAACAGGAUGAAACGUGCCUUACAGAAGAUGACUUUGCGAUAAGCACGGCGAUAUUAAUCUAGAGAAAUGUAUCGACUCUACGUUCUUCCAUAUUACUUGUGACUUCUCUAGAACUUUUUUGUUACUUGUGUUGUUCCCUUUCUACUAGUAUAUGCAAAUUUGGGACCUGAUUAUUAAUGCCUUGAUAAGUAUAAAAAGGAAAGAGCAAAAGUUAAAUAGACGGUUUGUUUCCCCGAUAAAAUGGCUAUUGCAAUGUCGCCUGUGCGACUGAUUGAGUAUAAUCUUCGUGCACAAUUAUUAAUAUCGUAUUCAAUUUUCCCGUCACAUAAAAAAUAAGACAGAUAAAGACUAAUAAUAUUGUCAAAACUUUAAUGAACUUUCAGUAUAUCUUAAGCACUUCAAUAUGCAGUACUUAAAUAAUAUUUAAAUGUCAAAUGCAUGUUUAAAUGUAAGGAAAGUAACAAACGUUAAGUGAUUCUGAAAAUUUCUAGUAUUAACGGAAACGUCAAUUGUGACAAUCUGCAAUUUACCUUCCAUUAUCUGCGGAAUUAAUGUGGAGAAAAAGAUAUAAAUUUAAGAUGUAUUAAGUAUUAUACGGACCGAUUUAUGCCUUCAAAAAUCGGAAAAUUAUGUCGGAUUAUUUCGCAAUAAUUAAUCGGUUUCUGGUGAAAGGUAUGUUAGAACAUUAUUUAUAGUAUCUAGUAGUUUACAUCGAUACAUACUAUGAUACUAUACCUAAGUCUGCUACUUUGCGUAUCAUCAAUUGAAAACAACGAUAAUUAACGAAUCGCUUUAUGAAAUAUUACUGUGAUUGCGCGCGCAAACAAUGAAGAAUACAUGAAUUAUACAUAAAGAUCUUUCUCUGC